AUGGAGCCGCCGGUGUACAAGCUCAUAUCCCUGGACUCGGCAUCGCUCGAGCAGAGUCUCUCCCACCUAUCGAUGCGCAUUGCGCAGGUGGAAGACUCGAUGCCGGCCCACCCAGCGUUCGCCUCGUUCGCUGAGCGCAUCGCCCAAGUGGAGACCAAGGUCGCAUCCCUGCACUUGUCUCUAUCGUCGACUCCAGUGCUCGCUUCGUCACUGCCGUCCUUCGUCAAAGAAUCGCACGUCUCGGACGACGACGAGAGUCGGUCCAGCGUCGGUAUCAGUCUCGACGAGCUGCGCGCCUCGCAGAUGAAGAUCAAGCUCGAGCACGACCUUCGCUUCUCCACACUGCAGCUUGAGCUCGAGAAGGUCAAGCGCAGCUUGGGGGCGGUCCCGUCCGAAGCCGACCACGACGUCUGGAAGCAGAGUCUCGUCGCCGAGAUGGCCGAUGCCAUUUUAAAGGCCAAGGCCAGCGGCGCGGCCGCCGAGCAAAUGACCAGCGAAAAGCUCGCUCAACACGCUCUGGAGGCAGCCCGCUGGAAAAGCGAUUUUGAGGCGUCGUUGAGCAAGCGUCUCGAUGGUGUCGUCGGCCUCAUCCAGGCCAAUGCCGCCGCGAUCAACGACGUUACCACCGCCACGGAGAAGCGACUGACGCUGCAAGAAAACGGCAUUUCCGUCAUGGAGCAAACGGCGCAGUACCUUCGCUCGACAACAAGCAGUAUCGACGACGACCGCGCCGCCGUCCACAGUCGUCUCGACGCCGUCGAAGCCAACGUGCAUCACGUCGUGACGCAAUGCAGUGACGUCCAGACCACGGUGGACCGUCAAGUGCGCAUCAACCAAACCAUUCUCGACACAGUCGACAGCGUCGAGAAGAAGAUGAUCCAGCGCAUUGCAGACUCGGAUGCCAAAGCCGCGGCGACAGAUGGCCUCCUCCGUGGCGAGCGGCACCACACGGAGCUCUUGGUGCAAGACGUGCGCAAUCUUGUGGGAACGUCGAUGGCGACGAUGGACGUUGAAGCGCGCAAGCUAAGCUUAACGAUUGAGACGUUGACCACGCUCCAGACGCAUUUGAGUCAAACGGACGAGGCGGUCCGGUCCCACACUGUGGCGCUCGAAGUUUUGGCCAAGCACGACGACACGCUCAAGCAGCACCAGCUGCGUUUGGCCGAACUCGACCGAUCGAUUGCGAUGCAAGUCGAGAAGGACCGCGUGCGCCUCGAGCGACUAGAAAACGACUACUCGUCGCUAAAACACCGCGUCAACGAAAACGAGUGGGUCGCCAACGAAAACAACAAGAUCUUUCACGAGCAGCUGCACCAAUUGCACCAACUGGCCAAAACCACCGAGGGCGCGCUCGCGACGCUCGCGGGGCAGAUGCCCAGUCUUCAGGUACCUUGA